UUUCCCCAGUUGCAAAGCCGAGCAAUAGGUGGCUUCAGGAAAGGCAACGGAGUUGACUUCUACCAACAUGAGGGCUGCUGGAAUUCUUGUCUUCUGUCUCUUCUCCUCCAUCUUGUCAACAGUGACAUCUCUAAAGUGUCAAACCUGUCUUGCCCGUGGAACUGAAUGUGAAGGAGAGGCUGUGAAGGUGGUGGAAUGCAAAGAAGAUGAAGAUCUGUGUUCUACUCAAGUUCAUAAAACUAAUAUAAUUACAUCUCAAAUAUUUCUGACAUGCGCUGCCCUUGGAACUGAAUGUGAAAAAUAUGAUACAAAGGCGAAAUGCAAAGAAGAUGAAGAAUUUUGUUCUACUGUAGUGGCUAAUACUACUAUAACCAAUACUUCAGUGAGUUUUAUUAUCAAGGAAUGUUCAAAACGUGAGCGCUGUUUAACUGGCGUCUACACCACCUCAACAGUAGAUGGUAGAUUUGAAGUAACUAAAGGUAACUGCUGCGAGACUGAUGUCUGUAAUGCAGAACCGCUCCUGUUGGAAAAUCAUGAUGAGCUUCAACCAAAUGGGUUACAGUGCCCAGGUUGCUAUGCGCUACAUGAGGAUUCUUGUGAAGCCCAUCAAACUGUAAACUGCGUUGGCGAUGAGGAUCAGUGUUUUAAUAUAAGUAAUACCAUAAAGACUUUUGGAAAUUUCACUGAAAAGAUCACUUACCAAGGAUGUACAAAACAGAAUUCAUGUUCCUUCCCGCAAGGAUUUUCUGAGGUAUCUGGUGGGCUGAUGCAGUUCAAUGUCACCAACCUGGAAUGCAGAAAUGCAUCUUCUUCCAAACCUGAUCAUCAGUAAUAAUGGGGAAGAGCCAAACCUUUUUUGCAAUUAUUGGGAAAUUUGUAAAAAAAAUAAUAAUGGGAAAGUUGGAGAUUUAAUGAGAUCGGAAUAAAAAAUGCUUGUGGUUCUUACCUGAGUCAGUAGGGGGAAGCUGGAAAUUUGGGGCAAAGAUGUUGAACUAUCAUGCUUUGAGACCACGGAUCAAUAAAAUAUGUGUUUUUGACUUUUAAAGUCCACAGAAUCGUCAUAAAAAUAAAUUGAUAUGACA